AUGGCAGCCCAGUACGCCCAGGCGGCAGCCCGCAUCUCCGCCCUCGCCCUCAUCGACGCAACAGGCUUCGACGUCUGCCAGCAGUCGUGCGUAGACAUCCUUGCCGACCUGCUGCUGCGCUAUGUGCAAGAGGUUGGGGCGGGCUCCCACCACUAUGCGGAACUGGCGGGCAGGAGCGAGACCAACCCGAUCGAUGUGGCGCUGGCACUGAACGACAUGAGCACCGGUGUGGCCCAGCUGCGCGACUUUGAGGUGCCCUUUGAGCAGAGCAUCUCCGCCUUCCCGCUGCGCAAGCAGUCACGGCCCGCGCCGACGUUCAUGGAGCGGGGCGAGGCGCCGCCGCCUCACAUCCCGCCCUGGCUGCCCGCGCUGCCAGACCGGCACACCUACGUGGCCACCCCCGUGUACCCAGGUCACGAAAAGGACCCCCAGAAGCGGCAGAUGCUUCUGACGGAGCAGCGGCAGCAGGCGGAGACGGCGGCGGUACGCCUGCAGGCACGUCUGGCAGCAGACAGCAACCAGCUGCUGGCCGCCAAGCUGAAGAGCAGCGAGGACGCGUCGGCUGCAGCGGCGACUGGGCAGCAGCAGGAAGGCCAGGAGCCGGCAGGGGCGACAGGGCAGCAAGCAGACAUUGCCGCGCCUGAUGCGACAGGGGCGCAAGCUGGAGCAGCUGUGGGCAGUGGAACUGGAGACCAGCCAGCCGUUCCAGGCGGUGGGGAGCAGGGCCCUGAGGCGGACUGGGAGCCAGCCGCAAGCGAGCUGGGCAGCGGCAGCGGGGGCGCCAGCGCCGGCUUUGUGGCGCAGCAGCUGUUUGCUUCGCGGGACUGGAAGGCACAGCAGCAGCGCAAGGCACGCAUUGCCACCAGCGGCAGGACGGUGCCCGAAGCAUUUGGCGAGACAUAUGACGAAGUUGCGGCGGUGCGCAUGGGCAAGCGGCAAAAGCGUGGGACCGCAGCGUCGGCAGCCGCGGCGGCCGCCACCGCAGCCAACGACCCAACGAGGGCUCGGGUUGAGGGCAUCCUGGCUGCGAGUGCGCCUGUGGGGGCGCCGCCGGCAGGCGUGGGGCAGGAGGAUGUGGUGCAGGAGCACAUCUAG